AUGUCUUUUGGUGUACGCCUACCUUUAGCGAAAGCUGUUUUCGAUCAGUUCAUUGGUCUCAAGCCACAUCCAUCUUUUUGUCAGGCAACAUACAUUUGGAUCGAUGGAACGGGUGAAAAUAUGCGUUCAAAGACGCGAACCAUUCCGGAAGUACCGAAAAGUGUUGACGAUUAUCCAUUGUGGAGUUUUGAUGGUUCUUCAACUGGACAAGCUCGAUCAGGUCAAGAUUCUGACACAUAUCUUAAGGCUGUUGCACAUUAUCCUGAUCCAUUCCUUGGUGGUAAUAAUAAACUUGUAUUGUGCGAAACAUACGAUCAUGCUAUGAAGCCCACCGCCACUAAUCAUCGCAAUCUCUGCAAUGAAAUUAUGGAGAAAUGCAAAAGCGAGAAAAUAUGGUUUGGUAUGGAACAGGAGUAUAUACUUUUGGAUAGGGAUGGUCAUCCAUUAGGAUGGCCAAAGAAUGGUUUUCCAGAACCACAAGGCAAAUAUUACUGUGGUGUUGGAGCAGAUAAAACAUAUGGUCGGGAACUGGUCGAUGCACAUUAUCGAGCUUGUCUACAUACUGGCUUACAACUUUUUGGCAUAAAUGCAGAAGUAACACCUGGACAAUGGGAAUUCCAAUUAGGCACAUGUGAGGGUAUUUCUAUGGGUGAUCAACUUUGGAUGGCACGAUACUUACUAUAUCGUAUUGCUGAAAUAUAUGGCGUUCUGGUUACGUUUGAUCCGAAACCACCAAUAACAGUUGGUAACUGGAAUGGCUCUGGUUGCCAUUGUAACUUUUCGACAGAGAAAAUGCGAGCAGAAGGUGGCAUUAAAUACAUUGAAGAAGCAAUGCCGAAGCUUGAAAAGAAGCAUAAAGAGCAUAUAGCCGUGUACGAUCCACAUGGUGGCACUGAUAACGUACGACGUUUGACAGGCAAACAUGAAACAUCAAGCAUUGAUCAUUUUUCAUGGGGUAUUGCUAAUAGGGGAGCUUCAGUUCGCAUACCAAGAGUUGUUGCUAGAGAAAAAAAGGGUUUCCUGGAGGAUAGACGUCCAUCAUCGAAUUGCGAUCCAUAUGCUGUUACUGGAAUAUUGACAAAAACAAUUUUGCUUGAUUAAGUUACAGGCAACUGAUGUGUUUAGUAUUAAUUUGUAGUUAUCAUCUUCUCUAAAUUAUUUCAUGCAUUAAUUUCCAAUUUAUUUUUUUUAAGUGAAAUGUCAAGGAAAAUUCAG